AUGUUCUCCUCUGUGCGUAUCGGAGCAAGUCUCGCUCCACGUAUUAUUGAAGGACUGAGGCCGUUUUCAAAAGCAGUUUCACAGAAGUCAAUAUUCGAUACUCUAAACAAAAGCAACAUUUACCCUGUAAUUCCGGCAUUCCGACGUGAAAAGGAUGGAAAAAACUAUAGUCGGUUUCUGCGCAAAAACGGAGCAAUUCCGGGAGUGUUGUAUGGCUCUGAUGGAAAUGGACACGAUGAAAGGAUACUGAUUGCUGUUCCUGCUAGUGAGGUAGAUCGGUUUACCAAGCGUUUGAACUUGGCUUUGGAGUGUACGUUGUUUGAGCUGGAUUUGGAGGGUGAGCGAAUUUUGUGCUUCCCGCGCCAAUUGUCGUGCCAUCCUUUGACCGACAAGCCUGAGAAUCUCAACUUCCUGCGGAUGAACAAAAAAACGGGCACUAUGGUUCAGAUUCCCAUUCGUUACUACAACCAAACGAAAAACCGUGAGAUCAAGUUGGGAGGCUUUUUGUCCACGGCUACGCGCUAUUUGGACGUGCGCGUAAAGGGCGAUGUGACCUACGUUCCUCCGUUUAUCAACUGCAAUCUGGAGAAGCUGACGCAUAAGCGAGCGUUCGGUGUCGAGGAUUUGGAUUUUGAUCGAUCGAAAUUCGCUCCUCAUCCGAAAAUGUACAAACGCGUGUUCGCUUCGAUUUCGGGCAAGGUGAAAGGAGUGGAGGAACCUACAGAGGAGGAAGCGAGCAAGUCGAUUUGGAUUGUUUGUUGA